UGUUUUGGUUUUCCGCCGGUCGGCCAGCAGCGUUCUUCGGUCUUCUUUAUCUGUUGUACACCGUUGUUAUGGAUACGUUUUUGUUAGAAUUCGCCCGCAAGUUUCCUUGUGAAAAUAAGUUUCAGGCCGUCCUCAAGUCCGCUCUGUUCACACACUCGCUGAAGCGCGAAGCGCUACCAGUACAGCAAUAUCGGACGAGGUGUCGAAAAUGUAACGUGCCUUGGGAAGACGGAUUUUUCACGGUCACACUACUGCCUCCGAGCAAACAAUGUUUGAGGCAGAUCGAGAAAUAUGAAUCCAUGACAGAACCUACGAAGCAGCAGCUAUCAUUGCUGAAAUAUUUUAAAAGCCGAACCAGAAGGAUAGCGAAAUACACGUGCAGCAUUUGUUCAUUCAAAACACGUGUGAGAUUGGAUCAGAAGACGGUGCUUCAAAAGCCGCAAAAUGAUUCAGCGAUCUCUAUGGUUACGGAGGAGAUCGAGGAACAGAAGAGAAAGAAACGGAAGCGCCAUGGAAAGUCCAAUGCCGGCCUGACUAUACCUACCAGCAACAGCAACAGUAAAGGCGAACUCUCCGUUACUCCAGGUCCGUUACAAUCCUCUGCAAAUAAGGCCCCUCCCCAAACCUUGCUGAAUCGGAAAGCGAAGCAAUUCAAGCCUCAAGAUUUUCGGGAAAUUCAAAAGCUACUUGCCGCCCGACUUGCGGGCACUGCUGAUACCAAAUCUUCCAAGAAAAAACCAAGAAAAUCGUAACCGGCAAUAUGCAAUAUUCAGCAUUGGCGUGUUCGCGAGGCCUCGGAUUUCUCAAAUACCUUUGUUAGAUUUUAUUGUUCAGCUUUAAAUGUAAAUUGAAAAGAUUAAAAAGGACUCCAUUAUCACCCGUGAUGUGGCUUAAACGGUUGGCCUUCACAGUAUGAAAUUCUGCUAGUGUAAGAGUAAUGAUUAUCAGGAUCGGAUUGAGGUGAUAGUGGGUGGAUAGCAGACGAGAACGAUGGCUCGCUGCUACGAUCGCAGCUACCCGGCCUCUCUCAGUUGAGAGGAAUUUGGUCCUUAACGAUCUGUUGAAGAUGAGAAAGAAAAAAGGAUUAGCUUUGAUAGAUCGCCCUUUUAAUCGCCAUUUGAACAAAGCACAACCAGAAACAACACUUGAGGUCUAUAUAGCACUUACUUGCAACGAUUACUUAUCGUCAGUCUAGAGCAAUUAUAGUCAACUAUUUCAUGUCAAUUA